AUGUUCCGCUUCACGAGGCCGCUCCUCCAGGUUACAAAGCUCUCGACCGGCAUCACCGGCAUACCCGUACACAAGAACCCGCUGCCCGCACUCUCCAAGCUGUACGAGAACACGCUUGCGGGGCUCGCAUCCCUCCCCGAGCACUCCGUCUACCGCCAGGGCACAGAAGCCGUCGUGCGCCACAAACUCUCCAUCCUCAACUCCGCAAACGGAGACAUUGCCGCCGUAGAGAAGGGCCUGGACGAGGGGCAGAUCGAAGAGUCGCUCCUGAUUGCGGAGGACGAGCUCAGCUUGGUGGGCAAGGUCGCCGAGUGGAAAUCAUGGGAGCCAUUAGAGGUCAAGCCGGAUGCGGGACAGUGGGAGUAUUUCGGGAAGCAGUCCAACGCAGCAUAA